AUGAGGCCGCUGCUUCAGCAUGCGCAGCGCUCCUUCUUUGCCAAUACCAACCUGAUAGUCCCUAAGCAUCCAUCGGGAUCGUUCUCAAAUACCAUCAAAUCCGUGUCUCGAGCGUCUUCAGUAUGCCUGCAAUGCCAGUACCGAGCUUCCGUAGUCGGCCGAUCGGCUCGUAGCCCUCAAUGGGCUUCAGUUACGUUGCAUCGCCGCAACCUCCGCCAAUAUUCGGGCGAUGGCAAGCCGAGACCAGAAAAUGAAACUCCCGAAGAAAGGCUCGCAAGAGUACGAGCAGACAUAGCAUUGAGUGAAAGGCAAGAGAAGGAGCGACUGGAGAAGGAAAGGCUAGAGAAAGAAAGGAAGGAUAGAGAGAGGCUAGAGAAGGAGCGGCAAGAGAGAGAAAGGCAGGAGAAGGAGCGAAUGGAAAGGGAACGGCAAGAAAAGGAAAGACAAGAGAGGGAACAACAAUCUGCGCCUCAGAAGAAGCCUUUGCCGGAUGUAAUCCAACUCCCGUCGUCGAGUGCACGCCCUACGCCCAGAACAGAAAGCGCGUUUUUGCCAGAUGUUGCCGAACUUUCAGCAUCAAACACAAUACCUCCUUCGACGAACACGAAAACGAGCAACGAUGUCAUCCGAAAGGUUGGAUCUACUCGAGAUGCCGCCAAGGUCAACAUUGAGCAUGUAGCAGCGGAUCAACUGCCUUCACAUCAUCAAGCCCAACGGUGGGAUUUGUCAAAGCGGUUUCAAGACUUGAUGGAUGAUAUCUUACCGAAACUCGCGGUAGUCACGCACAAGGUCAAUACAUUCACAGGAACCGAUUAUUCUGGUAUUGAAGCUUUAAAGCGGGAAAUCAAGGAUCAAGAGCAACUCGUGAAAACCCGCCGAGCCGCGAUUGAGGAAGCCAAGCAAGCCCUUGAUACCGCACUUUCCAAGCAAACAUCAGCGCAGAAAGAAGUCGUUGCACUGUUGGAACGCAAACACUCGUGGUCGGACAUGGACCUGGAGCGAUAUAUGUCAUUGAUUAGAUCCGAGCAUAUCAACGACCAAGCCGUAAGAGAAGCCAAGGAAGCUAUCGCCCAGUCUGAAAAUGCGUUGGAAGAGGCAAGAUCACAACUGGAAAAGCGAGAGCGCGCACAAUACCACGAGGAACAGAUCUGGAGCGACACCAUCCGACGCAACAGUACGUGGGUGACCUUCGGACUGAUGGGCCUCAACAUUUUCCUAUUGUUGGCAACAAUGAUAGUGAUCGAGCCGUGGAGACGACGUAGGAUGGUGCGGGAGAUCAGAAACACUCUAGAGGCCCACAAACCUGCUGCAGAACCUAUGGUCGCAGUGCCGGCCGCGGUCCCUACACCAUCGGCCGCUACGCCUGUCAUUGCAGCAGAGACCAAUAAGGUAGCUGAAAACCCAACAGAGCCAAUUGUUGCGGGCUCGGUCGCCGCAGACCCAGUUGAUACCGAAUUUCCAAUUCAGCAAGAGGUGGGAGUCUCUUCCGAAAAUACAGCCAAGGUGAUAGAGGCACCGACCGUAGCAGCAAUCGAAGAGUCACCCGGCCAGCCCUUGACCUUUUCAGAAUCCGAGGCGAAACCCGUACCAGUGGAGUCCAUCGACAUUGAGGAAGAGGCUCGUAACACCUCCAUGCCCACGCCGGAGACAUGGCAAGACAGGAUCGCAUAUAUCGCCACAGAUAUAAUUAGCGAACGAACAAUCUCCAUGCGGCGGAUAGACUAUACCGCCGCCAUACUUCAAGGUGCUGCUGCUGGUGCGAUCAUAACAGCGGCAAUCGUUGCGAUGAUUGUGAACAAGUAG